AGGGUCUUUUUGGAUACUAUCUCCUUAUGCAAUUCCAAUUUCCAGUUUUGUUGUCUGUUGAAAAAGAGAGCUCUCUUGUUGCAGAACGCAAACAAUCCAUGUUAUGGCCAUAGCUGGCCAAAACGCGUUUUUCCAGAUAUUCAAUCCAAAUGGAGUUGCGAGUGAAAGAGUGCGUGGCUUCAGCCUCGAGCGAGCCCGACCUGGAUGGCAGAUAGACGCCCCUCGGUCGGCUCAAGCAAGGUCAUCGGAGUAGUUCCUUUAUUCUUCUGCACGGUGACGUUAGUAGUACUCAGUUGUCCGCGUCCACUGUGGCACAUUAUAAUUUUGUUACAUCUAGCACCGACAUCGAGCGGGUAAAUUGUCGGCCUCCAAAGCCGACUUGUGCUGUGAGGGUGUCGAUGACGGAGUGUGAG